UCUGUGUGUCUGUGUGUCUGUGUGUCUGUGUGUCUGUGUGUGUGUCCUUGCCCCGUGCAGCUCCGCCGGCAGCACGCGGCCUGUGCUGGCCCUCGCCAGCUGCGCCGCCUGCGCCGCGCUGGAGGGCUUCGGUGGGCAAGCACACGCUGGCGCUCUCCGAGCAGGGGAUGGGGAUUGGGAGAAGAAGCGCACUGGUAUGCAGAAUGGUGGCCUCCCACCCGUGCCGGCAGAGAAGUGGGGCAACCACGUGGUGCUGCUGGUUCAUGUGGACGGUUCCUCAUACGUCGCCGACGUGGGCCUCGGUGAGGGCCCCACACAGGUGUUCCCGCUCGAGGAGGGCGCCUGGGAGGAUCGCGGGUUCCGAUUCAUGCUGGAGCGUCGUCCAGAGGGCUGCUGGCGGUGGCAGAACGAUGCCGUGCACAGCGGCCUCCCUGGCAUGCACUUCGACACCUCGUCCAGUGCCGCCUCCUGCAGCGAGUUCUGGGACUACCACGAGUGGUACUGGACCGACGAGAGCUCCCCCUACGUCCGCUCAGGGGUGGUCAUCCACCGCCACUCGCCGCGCGGACUGCUGUCCCUGCACAGCUGCACGCUGCGCCGAACGCACCCAGAUCUGCCUCGAGGGCACGAGGUCGUCGCCACUGUGACCACCCGCGGGGCGUGGUUCGAGCUGCUGGAGGAGGUUUUCAGCAUCCCGAACACGGUGAAGAUUUUGGCUGACUUGGGUCUCCGUCUUUGCAUUCAGGAGACUAGUUCUGGGCGACUUGGUGGAAUACAUCUGCUGGAACGACCUCCUACCCCCAAUGUCUUGGGGCUCUUAGCUUAGAUCCGCUCUCAAAGGGUGACGGGUCUUCGAAUUGUUAGCCAAUCGAUCGUCGGCGAUCAGUCGGCGAUUUUAAGACUGGUUGAUGAAAGGAGCAUGUUGCUUUCUGUCGGUGCAUGUAGCGCUUUUCUGGCACGGGUUUGGCCG